AUGUCAGCAUCAUCACCCCAGCUUCAACCUGAGAUGCAAGCACCAGACGAGGAAAGAGAGCCAUCGCCUUCAUGCCCAAACGAUGUCAAACCCCCAGGCCUAGGAUGGAAGUAUUGGGUGCUCUUCGGGACGCUCUGUCUCAGCGGAUUCGCCGUGACCAUGGAGGGCAGCAUUGUUGUGACGGCUUUGCCGACCAUCGCACGAGACUUGCACACGACUGACUAUGUUUGGGUAACCAAUUGCUACACCCUAGCGUCCGCCAUUUUUCAACCCUUGAUCGGCUGGCUGGCUGAGGUACUUGGACGCAAGCCCAUCAUGCUAGGAAGUAUCGUGGUAUUUGCUAUCGGCAGCGCUAUGGCUGGCGCGGCAAAUUCCCUCAGGUUGAUCCUGGCCGGAAGACUCAUCCAAGGCAUCGGGGGCGGGGCGAUUCCGUUAAUGGCCGAGCUCAUCAUCAGUGAUCAGUUGCCACUGCAACAGAGACCGCAGAUGCUGGGUAUGGUGAUGGCCACGUCUUGUCUAGGGUUGGUAUUCGGGCCCAUCCUCGGUGGAGUUAUCGUUAAUCAUAGCACUUGGCGAUGGAUCUUUUACCUCAACCUUCCCCUCUCUGGCGCAUCCCUUGUGUGUCUUUUUCCGGUUCUGGGUCAUCGGACGGCCGAACAGAUCAGUGCUGUUGAUUCACUCCGAGUCACCGCUAAACAGUUUGACUGGGUUGGCAACAUACUGCUCCCCACCUCUAGCGUUGCCAUCCUCCUCUCCUUGACCAUGGGAGGGACGAUAUAUGCCUGGAAUUCGGCACGGGUCAUCUUUCCGUUGGUACUUGGAGUUUGUGGUCUGAUAGCCUUCGAAGUCUACGAGUAUUUCUGUCCUCACCCGCUGCUCCCAUUACGAUUACUGCGCAACCUGUCUGCCGUUUCCCUGCAGAUCCAGAGCUUCAUCCAAAGCAUGCUCAUUAUGUGGGUCAAUUACUUCCUGACCAUCUACUUCCAAGCGGUGUUGGGGUUGUCGCCCCAGCAGGCCGGGUUCGAACUCAUGCCCACAAUUGUUGCUAUGGUUGUCUUUUCUAUUGUCGGUGGGAUCCUUAUGUCGAACCUCCCCGGCUCCUGGGCUACCCUGAUUAACUUGCUUGCUUUUGCCAUGAUGUCGAUCGGUCUGGGAUGUUUCACUAUUUUGACUACCUCCUCCCCAACCGUCGUGCAUGUCGUGCUGCAGAUAAUCGUGGCUGGUGGCAACGGGUUGCUCCUGGCUACUUUGCUCCCUAAUAUCCAGGGUCACUUUGACCCCAAGGACAUGGCAGCAGUUACAGCCCUUUUCAACUUUCUGCGCAGCUUUGCCCUAGUCUGGGGUAUGACCAUUCCAUCGAUCAUCUUCAACCAGAGCGUUAAUAACAAUCUGGACCAGGUCCCACAGGAAGUGCGCUCCUUGUUGGGAGGGGGAGGCGCAUACGUCCGAGCCAGCAAGGGAUUCAUGCAGUCAUACCAUGGAACAACCAAGGAACAGAUCUUGGGCUUAUAUCAACUAGCUCUCCGCGAUACCUGGUGGGGAGCCAUGGCCUUUGCUCUCCUGGCAUUUGUGCUGGUAACCCUGCAGAGGCCAGUGAAACACAGUACAUUGUUUCCAAAGGAUAGUCAACAGGGUGAAAGCGAGAAGAACAUGACUCAGCCUUAG